AUGCCAUCCGCUUUGGUGACUGGCGCUACCGGCAUUCUUGGAAGGGAGAUUGUUAUGGCGUUGGGCCAGGACAAGCAGACCUGGCCCACCGUCUACGCUCUCUCCCGCUCCCAGAAGCUCAACUGGCCCGAAAAUGUCAAGCAGCAGCAGCUCGAUCUCACAGCAUCAGCGCAGGAGAUGGCAAAAGAGUUGGACAACGUCAAACCCGAGUACAUUUUCUUCACGGCCUACCUCGCCAAAGACAGCGAAGAGGAGGCAACGAAGGUCAAUGGAGCAAUGCUAGAGAACUUCUUGGAAGCUCUGAAGAUCACAGGCGCGAGCAAGAAUGUCAAACGGGUCAUCCUGACCACUGGUGCCAAGCAAUAUGGCGUCCACUUCGGUGUGCCCAAACAGCCCAUGGAAGAGUCGGAUCGCUGGUUGGCAGACUCAAAUCGGCCACCCAACUUUUAUUACAAGCAACAACAACUUCUCGCAGAGCAAGGCAAGCAGCAGGGGUGGGACUGGGUUGUGACAUAUCCGAACGAUGUCAUCGGCGUUGCGAAGGGCAACUUCAUGAACCUCGCCACAUCGCUUGGUAUCUACUGCGCGGUCACGAAGGAGAUGGGCAAGCCGCUUGAGUUUCCUGGGAGCCCGUCGUUUUAUACCUUGUUCGACUGCUUCACAUACUCUCGGCUCCAUGCCAAGUUUAACCUCUGGGCUGCGCUGGAGCAAAGCCCCCGGGUGAGCAAUCAGGCCUUUAACGUCGUGAAUGGAGAUAUCGAGAGCUGGCAGAACAUGUGGCCGAAGACGGCAGACAAGUUUGGAUUGAAGAUUCCCGAACGCAUGUUCACGCCCGAAGAGGAGGACGGUAAGAUGGGUGAGAAUGGAUCGGUCAUGGAGCUCAUGGAAAACCCACCACUGAGUGAGUUCGCCGCCGAGCGUGGUCUGAAGGGCUCGAAAUUUGCCAAGCAAAGCCGUGUCGAGCAGAAGAUUGAUCUGGUUAGGUGGUCGCAGCGGUCGGAUGUCAAAGCUGCCUGGGAUCGUCUGGCGAAGCGUGAAGGCCUGGACCAGGAUGCGUUCGAGAAGGCAACUUGGGGCUUCCUAGGUUUCGUCUUUGGACGAGCCUACAAUAUCGUCAUCAGUAUGAACAAGGCCAGGAAAGCUGGUUGGACCGGCCACCAGGACACAUGGGACAGUCUAUCUGAGGCGUUUGACGAGCUCGUGGGAGAGAAGGUGUUGCCGGCGUUCACGCCGACCCGACGCAAGCGCUCUAGCGUGAUGGGCACCGAGGCAGACACAACGGUCAGCAUCUUGCGAGGUCGGGAUCGUUAG